GCAGCUGGGGCAUCCCUGGGAGGCUCUUCUUGGCAGGGGCCGCUCGUGACUGUGAGCUGAGGGCAUCAGGAUACACUGCAGGACCAGCAACAGAUGGCACCAGGCCUUUCAGGAUGGAUGUCUCACGCCUGCUCCUGGCUACCCUAGUGGUCUUCCUAUGCGUCCUCACUGCUUCCAGCCACCUGGUGCACGAGAACCCCAGAGAUGACACGAGUCUAAGGAGCAACUCCUCCGUGAGCCUGAAGGAUUUCUCUUCGGUCUCUAUUGUGGCACUGAACAAGAAAUCCAAGAAGAUCAGCAGAAAAGAAGCGGAAAACAAGAGAUCAUCCAAGAAAACCGCCACGACGAAGAAGGCGCCCCGGCCCCGGCCCCCGCCACCCACGCCCUGUGUGGCCACCCGCGACAGCUGCAAGCCGCCGGCGCCCGCCUGCUGCGACCCGUGCGCCUCCUGCCACUGCCGCUUCUUCCGCAGCGCGUGCUCCUGCCGCGUCUUCAACCCCAACUGCUGA